AGUCAGCAUCAGCAAAGUCAACACCAACAUCAGCAACAACAGCAGCAGCAGCAGCAGCAACAGCAACAGCAACAGCAACAGCAACAACAGCAGCAGCAGCAACAGCAGCAAUAUGGCGAAGUAAACCAGCUCGGUGGUGUCUUCGUUAAUGGUCGACCUCUGCCCAACGCCGUUCGCCUUCGCAUCGUGGAGUUGGCCCAGCUGGGUAUCCGGCCCUGCGACAUAUCUCGUCAAUUGCGCGUCAGCCACGGCUGCGUCAGCAAGAUUCUCGCCCGCUACCACGAAACGGGCAGCAUCCUCCCGGGUGCCAUCGGUGGCAGCAAGCCCCGCGUCACCACGCCCAAAGUCGUCCAGUACAUAAAGCAACUGAAGCUCAAGGACCCGGGCAUCUUCGCAUGGGAGAUCAGAGAUCGGCUUCUCUCCGACGGUGUUUGCGACAAGUACAAUGUCCCUUCUGUCUCCAGCAUCUCUAGGAUAUUGCGCAACAAGGUUGGAGCGGCGGCAGCGGCCGCGGCUGCGGCAGCAGCGGCAGCCGCGGCCGCUGCCGCUGCUAUACAUCAUCACCCCCAUCACCCGGCACACCAUCACCAUCAUCAUCACCACCACCACCUGUAUGCGGCGGCGGCAGCUGCCGGGGCGGCAGCCCUCUGCGCCCCGAUGCCUUACGCCCCAGCGGCCUACCAUCCCCCGGUGAGCCACCAUCACCACCAUCACCAGGGUCCCAUGAGUGAGAACCAGCCGGACGGAGGGCCUGCCCCUGGGGGCAGUUUCAGGAGAUUCCUGGCGAUCGAGGAGGCAGCCCUGCCGAGCUCCUCGCCGGCCUCCUCGUGUAAGCAGCCGAGUAACCCGUCGCCCUCGCCGCCGACGGGUUCCAACGGCCCAACGCCCACGAGCACCUCCUCGACGACGAGUCUACAUUGGCCGAGCUCCCACACGGUCCAUGACAUCCUUUCGGGGGCGAUACCGGGCCUCGUGGCCGACAAUCUCGCCCGUCACCAUCAUCAUCAUCCCCACCACCACGGUGACACCCAGAGGAUGCCCUCGUCGGGAUCCGAGGCCGAGCACCAUCACCACCACCACCACCGGCACCAGCAGUAUUACGCCUCGACUCUCUAUCACCACCACCACCAUUUGGGACACCAGGCAACGGUCGCCGCCGGGUCCGCGGCCGUCGGCGCCGGACACAUGCAGAUCGCCGCCGCCGGCAGCGACAACUUCCACGUCGGCUGCGACUAGCGACGGGCAUUCUCGGUCCUAACGAAACGAUUUCCCUCGUUGCUU